AGAAGUUUUAGCACCUUCCUUAUGGGUUCCCCACCCCCAUAGUUCAGUGUGUGUAGGGAGAUGGCACAGAUUCUAACUGCCAUGAAGUGACUCUUAGCAGCCCCAGCCUUGUGUUGGCACCAAGUGUCUGCACACUCCUGGCUCAGCAAUGACAUCCACUCUUCAGGAAUUCAUCCACUCUCUGAAUCCCAGAACCCUCCCAAGAGUCCUUCAGAUCCAGUCAGGCAUCUAUUUCCAAGGUUCUAUUUAUGAAAUGUUUGGAAACGAAUGCUCUCUAUCAACUGGAGAAGUGAUUAAAGUGAACAGUUUCAAAAUAAAGAAGGUCAUGGCUCACACUUGCAAGGAAAAUGAAGAUGGUCAAUGUUCUCCUAAAUUUGAACUGCCUUUAAAUUUUCCAGGUCUUUUCAAGAUUAUGACUGAUAGAAUACCAUAUCAUACGAUGGGUGACAUUACAAGAGCAGUUUAUAUUGGUCCAAACCGGCUAAGUCACCCUUGCUUCUACCAUCAGAAGGAUAUAAACUUGGGGAAUCUCACCAUCAGCCCUGGUGAACCCAUCAUGCUCAACUCCAUCGAAGAGAUCAAUGGGGAAAUGAUGGUGAACUGUGGAGUGGUAAGGGACAAUCAGAAUCAUUCAUUUACCAUACCAUUGUCGCAAGAAGGAGAGUUCUAUGAGUGUGAAGAUGAACACAUGUACACCCUAAAAGAGAUUGCAGAGUGGAAGAUUCCCAAGAGCAGGAAACGGAUUGUGAAAUUUACAGAUAUUUCCAAUAAGUGGAACUCCAUUUAUCCACUACCUAAGGAUUUUGAUGGCUUGCUUAGUCUCACACCCAUCUAUGAAAUACAAGCAGUGAUGAAAUUUCGAAAGGAUAUAGUACAUAUCCUCUCUGAUCUUGAUGUGGAAGUUAAAGACAUAACUGACUGUUACGAUGCUAAGUGUUUCCUUCAGCUCCUAUCCACCGAAGAUCUUUUUGAAAAGACUAGCAAGGAAUUCCCUAUGGCAGUUGAAGUGAUAGAAGGACCUCAAGGGAAUCCAUUGGCCAGUGGCUUAUUGCAACCUGGGAAAACCAUUGUCAUCCACAAAAAGUACCAGGCGUCAAGGAUCUUAGCUUCAGAGAUUAGAAGUGAUUCCCCCAAAAGGCAUUUCUUGAUUCCAACUAGCUAUAAAGGCAAAUUCAAGCGGAGACCCCGGGAAUUCCCUACUGCCUAUGACCUGGAGAUAGUGAAGAGUGAUAAAGAGCAGCUUCAUGUGGUGGCCACGAAAGGCUUUGAUUCUCCUUAUGAGGAGCUGUCAUCUGUGUCUGUCGGGGACCAGUUUUUAGUUCAGCGCUCACAGACCAGUGAAGUUCUGUGUAAGGGGAUCAAAAAGGAAGUGGGUGUUCUGGCUUGUGAAAAAAUCCUCAAAAAGGCCUAUGAGCCUGUUCUUUUACCUCUGUACAUGGAAGGCGGCUUCAUAGAAGUGAUUCAUGACAAGAAGCAGUACCAGCUUUCCAAGUUGUGUGCUCAGUUUCGCUUGCCUUUCAAUGUCAAGGUCUCUGUGAGGGACCUUUCUAUUGAAGAUGACAUUUUGGCUGCCACACCUGGCCUGCAGCUGGAGGAAGAGAUCACAGAUUCUUAUCUGCUCAUUAGCGACCUCACUAACCCCAGUGAGAGCUGGGAGAUCCCUGUCAGCCGUUUGGGCAUGUCUGUCCAAUUGGUUAGCAGUACAAUUGAUGUCAUUGAUUCAUUUCCAGUCCGAACCAUUGUAGAAGAGAUCAGUGAAGAACAGUAUUACAUGAUGAGGAGGUAUGAAAACCUAGCCUUACACCCACCACCUCGGCCCCCCAAAAAACCCUCCAUCAUGGAAAAGAAACCAGAUUUUCUUACUCCUCCCAAGAUAAAUAUCAUGGAUCCACCAAAGUCUCCAAAGAGUCUCCAUGUAGAAACAGCCAAGAAGCUGCACUCACAGCAACCAACUGCCGCUUCAAAAUUACCAGUUAGUUGUCAAAUUGAUUUGACCCAUUCGGAGACAGAGCAGGAUGUGAUCAGGACAACUGCAUUAGCAGAAACCAGCAUGAUGAGAGGCAUUUUGUUCCCCCCAUUACUUCAACUAGAAUGGGAACCUCAGGCAAAGAGAACUUCACUGUCCUAAAUGUCCUGUAGAAAUGUCAGUUCUGAUAAAAGAAACCUUCCAAAAUGACUAACACCUGCAAUAACGAGAAAUAACUGAAACCACUUGAAAAUUGAAUGGAAAUAUCACCUGAAAAAAGAUGCUUUACAUUUGUCUGAUGAGAAUCAUCUAAAGCUCAAACCAACUGUCAUACAAUCAUCCCCCAGAGUAACUUGACUGAUGUACAUAGAAUAUUAAAAACCCAGGAGAUAUAACGAGUUUGACCUUAUGACUUUAAAAGAGAAACCUGUGAUCAGAAAUUAAUAUCCUCUCCUUUUAAAAAUUUCAUUGUAAUUUAAGGACUAAUUUACGAAAUUUACACAUACAUUUCUUCCCUUGUGUAUUUUAUGUGUAAUAUUAUCAGUAAAUUUUAAAAGUAAUUGUAUUGCCCAAUUUUCUAGAACCUCAUAAAAUCACCCUGAAAUGGAACAUAAUCAGGCACAAACCCCUCAAAAGUUUUCACCCUAAAUUUCUUUUUUUUUUAACGUAGUUGGAGUUAAGUGACUUGCCCAGGCUCACACAGCUAGUA